AUGAAAGAAGAAAACAAGAACGAGGCUCAUCCUGACAAGGAUGUUGAAAAAAAAGACGUACCAGAUGAAAAAAAAUCCCCUGCAGCUGCUGCUGCGUCGAAGGAAGAUACUCGUAAAGCCGCUUCAUCAGGAAAAACAAGUACAGCUUCAACAACCAGUACAUCCAGUGAAAGUAAAACUGACCCGGACGAAGAGCAUUCCUCCGUGCAGCUCGUGGAGUUGGGCAGGAAAGAAGAGACAAAGAGCCACGGCACGCAGUUUGGAACAACGGCCGCCGGGAUGAAAAAUGAUGUGGGUAAAAAGGAUGAAACGACCGCCGUGGCAACUAGUACAACAGCAGACAAGGCUAAUUCCUCAAAAACCACGUCCUCGGUUGUUUCCUCCACAACUAGUACCAAAGACGAAAACAAAGCUGAUCUCGCAUCUCUCGACCCCGACGGCCUGUUCGCGGAUAUGAAAAAGCUGAUUCAAGACACGAAAAACAAAAUCGCAGAGAUGAAAAGUGAAAAAACGAGAAUUGAGGAGCAGUCGGCAAAAGUGCAAAAAGAGCUUGACGCUAAGCUUGCGGCGAAACAGGCAGAAUUGCAGGCAAAAACGAAAGAAAGUGUGGACCUACAGCGGAAAGAGGGCGAAAAGGCUCUGAAGGAUGGGAAGGCUUUGGUAGACAAGAUGUUGAAGACAUCAGCUUCAAGCGAGAAACAGGAAGAAGAAAAUGCUAUUGCAAGAACAUCUACAUCAUCUUUGGAACGAGUGUCUUCAUCAAAUGGUGCUGCUCAAGAACUGUCACCCGCGGCCAGCACGAGCAACAGCCCCACACGACCUCCUGUAAACAAGAUGAAGAAAAGCACGACCACCAACCUGAAGAAGCGAAGUACUGCCAGCUUCGCGCAAGACCACCACAAGUUCGUCCGUAUCAACUGCAAAAAUGUCUGGGUCUGGAAGAAAAAGAAUGCCAGACUUGUCAUGCAGGUUUUCCAUGGAGGUCUGGUAUGUGGGACAUAGCAUGACAGAUUCUGUGAGAGGUCUAUCAUGCCUAUCCUGCAUGAGAGUGUGCGUCUCGAUUAGGGCAAAAGUGGACAGGUUUUGGUAAUCGCGCAACACAGAUUUUUACAUGACUCCAAUUUAGCAUGACAAGUUGCUUUGUUCCAGACCCGGACAUAUUUGCAUUUGAUAGUCCGAGACUCGGUGCAAGACGCGGAGGAGGAGGGGGUCAACGAAGCGGCGAACCUCGCCCGGUUUGCAGAAAUGGCAAAGUUUCCCCGGGGGGCGGCCGUGCAGAUGAGCGUGAAGGGGUCCAAGUUGAGCCUGCUCAGCGAAAAACUGAAGCCCAAAGCCGUCAUGGCGAUGCUGCAAAAGCAGCAGGGGGAACAGGCGGUGGCGAUGCACGAGGUGAAAGCGCCAGACCAGCGGAUAGUAGAAGAUGAACAUCAGCCUCAGCCAACUUCUUCCGCUGCCUUGCUGCAGGAAAAAGCGAACACGAACAGCAUGUUGGAACAGGAGCUGGAUUUAGAAAAAAACAUGUCGCAGCAGGAAGUAGCAUCGAGGCUCCAGAAGGAGGUGCAGACCUUGCUUAAAGAAGUAGAGAACCUGCGCGAGGUGGAGAUGACAGCACUUCUACGCGAGGACGCUGAUACUAUUGAGGACAAUACACAUCUCCACAAGAGCCUAGCACUCGAAAACCAGCACCACCAGCAGCUGCAGCUCCGGGUUCCCCGAGCGGCUGGAGAGACAGCAGCCCAGCCAGCUGCUUCCACCGAGCCCAUCGCGGUGUACCAGUUACCCAUCCCGGUGUCGGGAAUUGCGGCCACGCGGAAGAUAUGCACUGCAAAAGUAUCGUACUAGGAGUAAUUGCAAUACAAGUUCGCUUAGCAUGACAAAUGGAAUUUGUCAUGCUGAUUUUCCUUGGGAACGAGAUCUGUAAUGCAUGACUGCAAUUCCUACGAGUGCGAUACUUUUGCACAGGAUAGAAGAGCUUGAAGGGCUUCGCGGUGUACGCAGUGCAUGCGAAGACCGGCGCGCUGCACCGGUUCGACCUCCGGCUGGAUGUGCCACUGAAGCUGGAGUGUCCGGAGCCCGCUCCGGCGGUAGAGGAGUAGGAAAGGAAGUAGGUACUUAAGUGGAUCAUGUGGGCACAAAGAAUAUCGUGGUCCUCGAAAUUUUGGUACAGUAAAAGAAGGUAGCAUGUUUGAUGACGAUCGUGACGAGAACACGACGCUCACGCUGGUGGUGCGGAGGUGUUUCUAAUACGAAAUAAUCAUGUAACCGUUUGCAAGUUCGUAGCGAUUCCGAGCGCGACCUCUCCCGGUAUGAUGCUGAUGUAGCAUCAUGAUCAUAAAAGGUAUGACUAAUAUGGCUUCUCACGUAGUCACAUUGCGACUGUGAUUCUAAAUUUUAAAGCUACUUCUAAGCACCCAACUUCAACAAGUUUUAGACAGUUAUAACAAAAAGAACAUCAUCAAUCAUAGGCACUGAGAAUACAGGUUUCGUUUCUGAAUAUUGAUAUUCGUGUAUACCGACUCUAUCACGAAUUGACGCACAAAAAAUGUCUUGUAUACCCGUACUAGGUAAAUAAGCCGAAUAAGCUCGCAAGUAUUUGAAACGUUUUUUAGAAAAAGCACAAACAUUUUCGAAUUUAUUAUUUCUUUUUUCUUUUUCGCAUGCAAUUACUUACGAAGACGAGCUGCAAAUGAACAAUUUAUAUGCGAAAGUUAAUGUUUCAUCUUCAGAGCUAGCAUGUCCCAAGGACUGAAUCUGACUCGGAUAAGAAGAAAAAGAAAAACUAGAGUCAUGUUUACUUUGGUGACUUCAUGUACACAACAUCACUGCGCGGACACCACGUAUUAUUGAUAUGGAUGAAGAAUCUUCAUCGACCUUGGCAGGAACGGCCGAAGGGCUGAAGUAAAUCGUUCGGCGCAGCUGUAGCUGAAUAAACAAAGACAAUUCAUGACCUUGCAACGUUGUUUUCAUAUCUAUGGCACGAAUAAAAUAUAAAUGAAGAUGAUGAUCCUAUGCGUGUCACUCGAACAUAUCGAGAAAAAA